CAUCUGUGACACCCGGUCGGUGGCUAACAAGCUGUCAGAGGCGUAGAGGACGUUCUUUAACUCACCUUAUCGUGCACAGACUACCAGGAUGCCCCGGAGGCUUCACGAAGCUAAACAAACCUGUUAAACUAGUGGCAGCGCUGGCACAGCAUCGUCCAGAAACCCCUGAGCUGCGGUAUUUGCCUCUGUACAUCUCUUUACACAGCUCGUCACCGGUAAGCCAAAAAAGAAAAAAAAAUUAAAAAGAAAAGACAAGAAAAUCAUUGGAUAUACGAGAAAAGAGACCCGCGCUCAUUUUGGCGAUCUGCAUGAGAAGAUUAAUUGAGGGGGAAAAAAAGAAAAAGCUCCUGCCCUCUUCACAUCGGCCAGCUUUAGAAGUGAGAAGAGACGGGACCUCUGCGCUUGGAGGAAUCGCUCCUGUGCCGGCAGCAGUGUGCGGAGUGCAGACACAGACUUAGCAGACGCACUGAAGGGGCAGAGGGAAGACAGGAAGGUGGAGGAUAUUUUACGCACAACAGGGCCAAGCAACCCCAAUUUAAAGAAGCCGGGAGUCUGCUACUCGGAGUAGAACUCGGUGUUUGGUCGGAUUUGCACUUGACUGAGUCCAUAGACACAAUUAGACUAUGUGGUCGGCCGGCAUGGAUUCCUUCAUUAUAGCGGCGCUGGCAGUGUGCUCUCUAACGGCACCAGCUUAUGGGGACAAAGGGACGAGCAAAGCCCGGAGUUGUUCUGAUAUCAAGGUGUUUUACAAAGGAAAGGGGUUCCUUGUGGAAGAUGUCCCUCAGUUUGAAAUAUCAGGUGAGCACCUGCGCAUCUGUCCUCAGGGUUACACCUGCUGUACCAGUAACGUGGAGGACAAACUGGCCUCGCAGAGCCGCACCGAAGUGGAGAACGUAAUCAAAGAUGCCGGGCGCUCCUUACAGAUCUCGCUUACCGGACAGUACAGAAUCUUCGAUGGUCACUUUCUAGAUUUGCUGAACCGCUCUGAAUUGAACCUGCAAGAGACUUUCACUUCAACUUGGGGCUCUCUAUACAUCAAGAAUUCGGAUGUUUUCUCCGAGUUAUACACAGAAUUGAAGAAGUACUACCGAGGAGCCAACAUCAACCUGGAAGAAACGCUUAAUGAGUUCUGGACCAGGCUCCUGGAGAAGCUCUUUUUCCAGGCAAACGGGCAAUAUGUCAUAGGUGAAGACUACCUGGAGUGUGUGUCUAAGCAGAUAGACACACUGCGGCCCUUUGGAGACACACCCCGUCAAAUGAAGAUGAAAGUCACGCGCACGCUUGUGGCUGCACGUUCAUUUGUUCAGGGCCUGGUGACUGCGGGCGAAGCCGUACGCAGAGUAUCCCAGGUACCAAUGAGCCAGGAGUGCAUGCGAGCCAUAAUGAAGAUGACUUACUGUCCCCACUGCCGUGGGAUGCCGUCUGCUAGACCUUGUCUGAACUACUGCACCAACGUCAUGAAGGGCUGUCUGGCCAACCAGGCUGACCUCGACACAGAGUGGAGGCACCUAGCAGAUACGAUGAUCCAGGUGGCUGACCGUUUAGAUGACCCUGCUGGUGUGGAAAGUGUGAUCCUCUCCCUUCCCAGUUACAUAUCAGAAGCUAUGAAUACCAUGAUGGAGAAUAUAGCCAGCAUCAACAGCAAGCUUUUCCAGACAUGUGGCAAACCCAAAGAAGCAGGAACCAGCAGCACAGAUGAUGAAAUCAUGAAGCGAGGGAAGGCCACAGUGGAGGACAGGUUGGAAGCCAGCUCUAACAAAAUCCAAACAUUGGUGUCUGAUGUAAGAAUAAUACUGGGGGACAAUAGGCCAUACUGGACUUCUCUCCCAAAUCUCAUCUGCAGUGACAGAGUGGCCACUGGAUUAGGGUCCGAAGACAAGUGUUGGAAUGGCAACAACCGUGCCAGGUACCUUCCUGAGUUAAUGAAUGACGGCUUAGCCAGUCAGAUCAACAACCCUGAAGUGGAAAUUGACAUCACCAAACCAGACAUGACAAUACGCCAACAAAUAAUGCAGCUGAAGAUCAUGACUCACCGCCUGAAGAAUGCUCUAAAUGGCCAGGAUGUGGAAUUUCAGGACACCAGUGAUGACGCCAGCGGCUCAGGAAGUGGGUGCGCGGAUGAGACGUGUUCCCGGGAUCCACGCCUUGUUCCCCCCAUCACUGACCGACCCGUGGCCAUUCCCUACCCUGCAGAAAACGAGAGGGUGAAAGCCUCAGCCAUGCAGAACCUUCCCUCCAUCAGCAUUUACCUGCUUACACUGCUCAUUUUGCUGCUCCGGCGAUAAUUGACGAGGUGGAAUCUGCCAACCAGGACUGAGUCUGGGGCACCGGGGGUUGGGGAGAGUUUAAAAGGGGAGGGAGGAGAAGUUGGGGGUUAGUUAGCUUGCCAAAACUAAAGAAAUCUAAAGAAACAACAACAAUAAAUCACAUGGAUGGACUUCCUUUUGGUGUUGGAUUGGAGCAAAAUGGAAAUAUGAGUACUCAUAAACGUUUUUGGUUUUUUUUGUUCUGCUCUCAUCUUUUAUUCUUCCUAUAUUAUGACACCUUUAGAGCUGGUCUUUUUUUUUUUUUGCAUCUUCUAAUGUUUUGUUUUUGGUGUUUGGUUUUCUCUGAGGUUAUAUCUGCUCCUAAAGCGUGUGCGAGACUAUAUUGCUAACAGUAUGUUGGUGUUGACACCACAGGGAGAGGGAGAGUCGAGCUUUUUGCAGUGGCAUCCAGAUACUACGUGUCUGCAUUCCACUUGUGAUGGCGGGAAUUGUUUAUUUAUGAUUAUAUUUGUCCCAAAAUGAUUUAAUCACAUUUAGAUAUUUAUAGAAAAACGAAAAAAAUAUCUGCUGACUUUAAAAGGAGAAUUAUCUGGACAGCAUGACCCAUCAAACCUCUUAAUGCAUUAAGCCUCACAGUAUCAUUACUUGUAUGCACUCGCUCACACAGUGAGGUUGAGAGCACUUAGCGUCAGCACUUUUGCCAUUUCAUCAUGUAAUCUGUAAUAAUAGUCAUGAUCACAGUCACACUGGCACGAUCGCCCGGUGUAGGAGUAACACGGCCUGUCCUCUACUCCAUCCAUCCACUUAUUCCUACACCCCCCACCCCACCCUCCUCCCCCGGCCCCACCGAGAUUGUCUCCCUCCCUCCCUCUCUCCAGAACCUGCUGGCAGUGUAGCAUCAACUCAACAUUCUGGUCUAAGCAAAGCGCGUGCUCGGCUGGGACAGGUCUCAGAUGGAAGCAGCUUUUCGCCAUAGAGCGUGCUACGUGGAAAGGAGGUGUCGUGUUAAGCUCACCCCUGUGACAGAGGAUUGAAUGAAAUGAUCUUGGAAUCUUGUAGCACAGCAGAAAUGCUCACAGAAGCAGAGGCUCCGCUGUCCUGCUGCACUUCUUUUAGUAUUCCUUUUACAUUCACAGGAGAGCAAAAAUGUAAUAUGCAUAAAAUUUUGUGGGUUCCCCGCAAAGGCCCAGUGUUCCUGUGAUUAGCAUCAUAAUUUCAGUAUCAUAGAUUUUUUUUUUUUUCCAUGAAUGGUUGCCGCAGCGAUCCAUAUAACAGUAAAAGCCACACCAUGCACGUCUUUGAAAAGUACCGCUAUAUUUUUGAUUGCUUCUUUGCCGUUUUGUAGAGGGGGAAAUAGAAAAAAAUAAAAAAUUUUAAAAAGCACGCUUUUAGUUCCCAAAAUUUGACAAAAGCAAGAUCGUUGUGUGCUCUUACCGCUUAUUUUUUCAUCAUCUGUCAGUAUCCAUGUCCGCCUUUCAUUAUCUGCAACAUUUCUAUAUCAGUGCCUAUUUUUUGCCAACCCUAACCUCCUCUGCCCUUUUCCCCACUCAUCAGUUAUAAUGACCUUUAAAGCGUUCCUCGUGCUUCUGCGUUGUAGCAAGGCAAUAUGACAAUGACACAGUGCUUCAUUAUGUGUCAACCUUACUGGGAAUGUUAUGGGAACACAGUUUAAGGCUUUUUUUCCCCCUGAUUUGAUGCUUGCUAGGGAGAAAACAUGUACCACAAUUUAGUUCAAAGAAAUGCCAGCGCUCUCAUUCAGGAGUGGUGCGUGCAGGAUGAUGGGACGAUGCCCUCAUAUGUGUUUCGUUUGCGUGUGAAUGCGUGUACUUGUCUUUGAUUGAAAGCGCAGAAGAGGGAUGGACGAUAGCGCCUCUUUGAAUCGACAGUAGUUCGGAUGACACAGAAAUGAGAUUAACUAAAAUGUGCUCCACUAACACGGUGUGACAGAGUGCUAUUAAACUGACAGUAACAGGAGCUUAAUACAACUCGUUUUUCAGAAAUUGCAUUUUCAAAACUUUCACUGUAAUAAAUGAUCAUAUGUAUUGAUGGAAUCUCAUUUCAUGGAACAGCGAGACAGGAUGCAGAGGAGUCAGGUGGACAUGAUUUUUAAAGUACGUCAUUACUUCACUUGUGCACUGGGACAAUCCUCUAUAUAAUUCAUGUUGUGAAAAAUCAUUUUCAGUACAUGCACUCCCUGCUGAUAAUACUCCAAAUGCUUUAGGAUAGCGUGGGGUGCUGUCAGUUUUAGAAGUACAUCUGAUAUAUACUUGGUUAGUUACUGCUCUGAAAAGGGGUUGUUGUUGUUGUUGCCCCAUGUGUGACAUGACAGGUUAUUUUAAUGGUAACUUCUUUUUUGAUAUGCUUUAUUAAUGAAUGAUUUGUUGCUGUGUGAAUAUGUGUGUGCGUGUGUGUCCGUCUGUCUUCCUGUUAGUCCCUGGUUAAGAAAUCUGCCUGUGACUGCCUUUGAUACUUUGAGAUCAGUUUUAAGAUUUAAGCAGAGAGAUGCUAUGAUGCAAGAUGUUGGUGGUGAGGAGAAAAACAACAACUUCAAAAGUACCGUUUAGCAAGCACGCCACAUAGGUCCUCUUUUUGAGACUCUCUAGAAAAGAUCUGAAUAUGAAUGUGAAGGUGCGCAUGCAGCCCUGUAAUAAUAAAAGGAAGUACUUCAACUGUGAUGGUGACAUUCCAGUUCAAAGAUUAUUUACAACUUUAGGCUCACAUCUCCAGUUUCAAUGACAGCCUCACAAUGUCAUUAGCUGAAAUUUGCACAACCCCUCCCCAUGCCCACUCCUUCUUGACCUUUUGAUCUCAUUAAUUUGUUGUUCAAAGCCCCACGCCCCCCUCCCCUUUUAUAAAACCUGCACUUUUAUGAGGCCAAUAAAUGGCAUUGUCUGCACAAAGACAUCACAAGAUGGUUGAUCAAUAUGUGAGUCGACACCUUCCAGAAACAACUAUCGAUUGGGGGGGUGUGUGUAUGUAGAUAUGGCCCGGCAAGAUGUCUCCUGUCUGAGUAUGGUGAAACAGUGUAAACAUAAUGCCCCGAGUGUGAGAGGAAGGAGAACAGAUUGUCAAGGGCACUGAUCUCAAAUCGGUGUGUAUGCCUCAAUCCUGCCUUCGUUCAUCACUGUAGGUGGCAAUAAUGCAAAGCUGAUUAUCCAGCCGUUAAAAAAACAAGAAAAACGAAACAGAUUUACUCCACACUGAGCUGAGAUUUGGAGGCACAUCUGAAGGGUGCCAGUUUAUGAGGACAAAAAUACUUUGAUUUUUCCUGUUUUGAUUUACUUUGGUUUCAUUGUUAUCGACAGAGAGUUUGUUCUUGUGGUGAAGAUAGAAGCCAGAAAGAGGUUGAAAAAUAUCUAAAAUGUCUCAUUUGCUGUUGUACCUGAAAUCUUGUGUCAAUUAUAUACAUUGUAAGAUUUUCAACA